GCGUGCGUGUUUUCAUUCCUGAAAAGCCUCCCGAUAAGCUUUGGGAUUCUCGACGUGAAUCCCGUCUUUCUCCGUCUGUGUUUAUCCUCGGAGUUUCUGUCCAAGGCGCUGAAAUUUGCAGCUCCGGGGACCGGUCAGGUGACUGCGCGUUCUCCCUGUGAGAGCAGGGUGCUGAGUGUGUGUGUGUGCGCGCACGCGCUCGGUAGACUGCACGCGGACACUUCAGUCCUCAUCAUGAGCGAUUGCGCUCAUGAGGAAGGCUUUUCUGAGAAGGCGUCGGAGCUACGGUAGUAGCCUAGGCUUGCAGCGUGGAUAGGUUUUUGCAGCCGAGUGUGUGACUGACUCUUCACGCGCAUCGUCUCUUUCUCUUUUCCUUUGGCUGUUGCAAAAAUCAGUGCAGCAAGUGUGGAUGGCCACACUGGAGUGGGCUGCUGCCCACCAAGUCUGACUGUGUUUCGGAGGUGCUGAGAAGGAGAACAUGUAAGAAUCCGCAGGCAUCCCCGCAGAUCCUUUCGGAUUCUCAGCCAAAAUGCAGAAAGGGAUCAGACUCAAUGAUGGCCACAUCACCUAUUUGGCUCUUUUGGCGAAGAAAGACGGGACGAGGCGAGGUUGCUUGAGUAAAAAAAGCUCAGACAACACAAAAUGGCAUUCAAAGUGGUUCGCUUUGUUGCAGAAUAUGCUUUUUUAUUUCGAAAACGACUCGAGCUCACGCCCCUCCGGACUGUACCUGUUGGAGGGAUGUGUUUGUGACCGGGCACCGUCACCGAAACCGUCUCUCUCAGCGAAGGAAUGCUUAGAGAAGCAGUAUUAUUUCACUGUCACGUUCAAUCAUGACAACCAGAAGGCUUUGGAGCUGCGCACAGAGGACGUCAAGGACUGUGAUGAGUGGGUGGCCGCCAUCACGCAGGCCAGUUACAGGAACCUGGCUACAGAGCAUGAGACCCUCAUGCAGAAGUAUCUUCAUCUACUCCAAAUAGUGGAGACGGAGAAAACGGUUGCCAAGCAACUUCGACAACAGAUAGAGGAUGGGGAAAUCGAGAUAGAGCGACUGAAAUCAGAGAUUGCUGGACUUCUGAAGGACAACGAGAAGAUCCAGUCAAAUCCAGAGGUGCCCCCCAGUGAGGAUGAUACAGAGAUCAAGAAGAUCAAAAAGGUCCAAAGUUUCCUGCGAGGAUGGAUUUGCCGCAGGAAGUGGAAAACUAUCAUCCAAGACUACAUUCGCUCGCCCCACGCUGAAAGCAUGAGAAAGAGGAACCAGGUGGUGUUCAGCAUGCUGGAAGCCGAAGCCGAAUACGUCCAGCAACUCCACAUCCUGGUCAACAACUUCCUGCGGCCACUCCGAAUGGCCGCCAGCUCCAAGAAACCGCCCAUCACCCACGAUGAUGUCAGCAGCAUCUUCCUUAACAGUGAGACCAUCAUGUUCCUCCAUCAGAUCUUCUACCAGGGCCUGAAGGCCAGGAUAGCCAGCUGGCCAACACUGGUGCUAGCUGACCUGUUUGACAUUUUACUGCCAAUGCUAAACAUCUACCAAGAGUUUGUGAGGAACCACCAGUACAGCUUGCAGAUUUUGGCUCACUGCAAACAGAACCGUGACUUCGACAAGCUGCUGAAGCAGUACGAGGCCAAGCCUGACUGUGAGGAGAGGACGCUGGAGACCUUCCUCACUUACCCCAUGUUUCAGAUUCCUCGUUACAUCCUGACUCUUCAUGAGUUGCUUGCUCACACUCCCCAUGAGCAUGUGGAGAGAAACAGUCUGGACUAUGCCAAAUCAAAACUGGAGGAGCUUUCCAGAAUCAUGCAUGAUGAGGUAAGCGAGACGGAGAACAUCAGGAAGAAUUUAGCCAUUGAACGAAUGAUUGUGGAAGGUUGUGAAGUGCUUCUUGAUACCAGCCAGACCUUUGUUAGACAAGGUUCUCUGAUCCAGGUGCCAAUGAGCGAGAAAGGGAAGAUCACAAGGGGCCGGCUUGGCUCUUUGUCUCUGAAGAAGGAAGGAGAGAGACAGUGUUUCCUCUUCUCCAAACAUCUUAUCAUCUGCACCCGAGGCUCCGGAGGAAAACUUCACAUCACUAAAAAUGGAGUGGUGUCUCUCAUAGACAGCACUCUGAUUGAGGAGCCGGAGGGGACUGAUGAUGAGUCCAAAGGGGAGCGCAGUGGUCAGGACACAGAACACCUGGACUUUAAAUUGAUGGUGGAACCCAAAGACGUCCAGCCUUACACCGUGAUCCUUGUGGCUUCUUCCCGACUGGAGAAGUCAGCGUGGACAAGUGAUAUCAGUCAGUGCAUUGACAACAUCCGCUGCAAUGGCCUGAUGAUGAAUGCCUUUGAGGAAAACAGCAAAGUCACUGUGCCACAGAUGAUCAAGUCAGACACCAGUUUGUACUGUGAUGAUGUCGACAUUCGCUUCAGCAAGAUGAUGAACUCCUGCAAGGUGCUGCAGAUCCGCUAUGCCAGUGUGGAGCGCUUGUUGGAGAGGCUGACCGACCUGCGCUUCCUCUCCAUCGACUUCCUGAACACUUUCCUCCACUCUUACCGUGUCUUCACCAGCGCUGAUGUAGUACUGGACAAGCUCAUUACCAUCUACAAGAAGCCCAUCAGUGCCAUCCCUGCACGCUCUUUGGAGCUUUUCUUUGCCAGCAGUCAGAACAGUAAACUCCUCUACGGCGAGCCACCCACAUCGCCACGUGCCAGCCGCAAGUUCUCCUCUCCUCCUCCACUCUCCAUCACCAAGUCAUCCUCUCCCAACCGCCGCCGCAAACUUUCACUCAACAUCCCCAUCAUCACGGGUGGCAAAGCCCUGGACUUGGCUGCACUCAGCUGUUCUCCCAAUGGCUAUGCAAGCAUGCACUCCACCAUGUCACCCUUCAGUAAGACCACCCUCGACAUCAACAAGCUCUACAUCUCUAGCACCAUGGCCAGCAAAAUCCCUGAUGAGGGAGAAUCCAAAGCCGAAGGCAAAGCUGAAGAGUCUGUCGCCAACAAGCAAGAUCUGUCUGUAAGAGAGGAGUGCGAUGAAGACCCAAGUCAGAGUGACGACGCAGAAGCAGAAAUGUCUCCUCCUAAGUCACCAUCAACGCCCAAGAACGUCAAGGCAAAAAACUCUGAGUUUUCUCUGUUUUCCUUCAACAAUGGCAUGGUGGUGUCAUCUUGCCGGGAGCUGGACAACAACAGGAGUGCUCUUUCUGCUGCCUCAGCCUUUGCCAUUGCUACCGCUGGUGCCAAUGAAGGCACACCAACCAAGGAGAAGUAUCGUCGUAUGUCCCUUGCCAGCACAGGUUUCCCUACAGACCAGAGAAAUGGGGACAAAGAGUUUGUUAUCAGAAGAGCUGCCACAAACCGAGUCCUGAAUGUGCUGCGUCACUGGGUCUCCAAACAUUCGCAGGACUUUGAGCUGAACACAGAGUUGAAGAUGCGAGUAAUUGGCUUCCUGGAGGAGGUGAUGCAUGACCCAGAGCUGCUUACACAGGAAAGAAAGGCAGCUGCCAACAUUAUCAGAACUCUAACCCAGGAGGAUCCUGGAGACAACCAGGUCACCCUCGAAGAGAUCACACAAAUGGCCAUGGAGGACUCUAAGACUGAACCAUUUGAGAGCCAUUCAGCCUUGGAGAUAGCUGAACAACUCACACUACUGGACCACCUGGUCUUCAAGGCCAUCCCAUAUGAGGAGUUCUUCGGUCAGGGCUGGAUGAAGAACGACAAGAAUGAGAGAACUCCAUACAUAAUGACAACUACCAAGCAUUUUAAUGAUAUCAGUAACAAGAUUGCCACAGAGAUCCUGCAAUGGGAUGAUGUCAACAUGCGGGUGGCCGUGAUUGAGAAAUGGGUGGCAGUGGCCGACAUCUGCCGCUGCCUCCACAACUACAAUGCUGUGCUGGAGAUCACGUCGUCUCUCAAUCGCAGCUCCAUCUUUCGCCUCAAGAAGACCUGGCUCAAAGUUUCCAAGCAGACAAAGACUGUGAUUGACAAGUUACAGAAGCUGGUGUCAUCAGAAGGCAGAUUCAAAAACCUGAGAGAAGCUCUGAAGAACUGUGACCCCCCAUGUGUCCCCUACCUGGGAAUGUACCUGACUGACUUGGCCUUCAUUGAGGAGGGAACACCCAACUACACUGAAGACAACCUUGUCAACUUCUCCAAGAUGAGAAUGAUAUCUCACAUUAUCAGAGAGAUACGACAAUUUCAGCAAACAGCUUACAAGAUUGAUUAUCAACCAAAGGUGACAAAGUACUUGCUCGACCGCAGUAAUGUGCUGGAUGAGGAGAGUCUGUAUGAAGCAUCCCUGAGAAUCGAGCCCAAAACUUCAUCAUGAAGAUGAUCUCUCUCACUCUGCUUUCAUAUUGAGUGUACAUAAACAAUAUAUCAAAAUGUAUAUUUACUAUUAUUUGUAUUAGACAGAGUAGGCAGUGCCCUUUUAGUAUAUGCUCCCCACGGACUCGUGUAUAUUCGUUAUUAGAGACUGAGUGUAAGUCCAGAGAGGUUUAUUUCUAUAGUUACAGAGUAUUUAUAUGUUAUUUAUUGUCUUAAAUAUCAUGUUAACAUUAAGUUAUUUUUUAAAUUCGUUUAGCCAUAUCCUAAAGGGAACGUGCAGCACCAAAUGGUUCUCAUUCGCAAGAAACGUUCACAUUUACCACAUAAAGGUUAACUCCCCCAAAUCAAGAGAGAACCGAACACAACUGGAGUUAUUUUUAAACAAGUUUCCAUAUAAAUCUGUGUGAUUCUUGAGGAUUUUAUUGUUUGAUUUGAACUGAACAAGGCUGAUUACAAUAUUUGCAAUGAUCGCGAGGGACUUGCUGAAUGUAAAUAUAUUAAAAUGCUACUGCAACAAAAUUCAGGCAAGUAAUAAUAUCAAAAAUAGGAUUUGAUUUUAUGAAAAUCUUAAUGAUUAAAACCAUCAGACUGUCAAAUCUGGAUAACAUUUGUCCUCUUUCAGUCCAUCUUGUCCCACCUUAGAGAGGGAGGAAAAGUGAGACCGCUGCAGCGGCUGAAGCUGAAUCAUGUGCUCUGAUGUUUUUAUGUAGCCGCAGAGUAACAAGAGAUUUGAAAGUGCUGGAGUCAACCUGACACCUGCCGAGUCGCUGAUAAGCUUGUUUGUUUCUUUGUUUGGAGAGAUGGGUUUUUAUGCUUUGCUUACUAUCACAUAAUUCCCCUGGUGGGCAACAUGAUGUAUAUACAGUAUAAGCACCGGGCAAUGUAUGUAGCAGAUGUAACCAAGAUUGAGCCACUUCAGGAAGUUAAAUUCCCAGCUUUUACACUCAGACAGUGAUAGCAUAGUUGUUAUGGUUAAUCCUCUUUGGCCAGUGCAUUAUGGUUUUGCCUUAAUCAUGAAAUGGAUUAUAUUCCACAAAAGUAUGUAAACUAUUUUGUUCUACGAUUUGCCGAUAAAGCAGAAAUAUUUACUGUGUACAGUACUGUGUACAGGCAGUCUGAUGCAUUUCCUAACGUGCAAUGUGUUAAAAAAAAAAACAUAUCCCUCGAAAUGUGUUAUCCUUAUGAUCGUUCAACUCUGUAAUAACUUUUCUGUGUAUGAUACUUUAAAACAAAUGUUGAAAACAACUUAUAAGUGUAACACAUUCUGUAUCCUGUCUAUUCCAAUGUGUUAGCAGGAACUAUACAGUAGUAAUAUUGUGCUUCUUCUUGAAAUAUUUAUAUGUAUUUUUUACAGGCUUUGUAUAGAAAAACAUCUAAAGCUUAAGUGGCAGGCAUGUACCACUUUGACGUGUUCAAAUGGAAUCUAUACCUAGAACCGUAUGUGUACUGUAUUUAAACCCCACCCUUGCACAUGAAUCUUUACUCUCUAACAGGCACAUCAAAUGUUUGCAGUGAGCAAUACCCAGUGAUAUGAGAAUUAUCUUUCAGUCUAUUUCAAAAGCUUGAGUAGUAUUUCCAGUUUUGUAUAAAAGUGUAUUCUUUCCUGAUUACCUCUUGUUAAUAAAUCUAUUCUUUCUCAGGGGGA